GACCCGGUGCUGGUGGGCGUGCGGGUGCGGGGGAGGAGGGGGCUCGUGGUCGCCGAGCCGGGACGUGGCCGGCGGCGGGAGCGCGGCGGCCAGGAGGAGGAGCAGCAGUCGCCGUUUCGCCGGAGAUAAAUUGGGUGGUGUGCAAUGAAGGGGAUGCCUCAAGUUGGCAUGUUCUUUGAAAGUUCAGAGGAGGCUUGGCUGUUUUGGAGAGCAUAUGGUGGUCGUGUUGGCUUUGAUGUGAGGAAAAGGUACAACAAUGUGAGCAAAUUUGAUGGUAAGGUAACCUCUUGCAGAUUUGUUUGUGCCAAUGAAGGUCAUCGCAAAAAGGGGCAAAGAGAAUUCAUUCAGAAGUGCUUUAGAGCUCAAACAAGAACUGAUUGCAAAGCUCGGAUGAGUCUUACAUUGGAUCAAGAGUCCGAAAACUUGGAAAUCACUGAUGUAGUUCUUGAACAUAAUCACCUCCUUCACUUGCCACAAACCCGCCACCUGAUGGCUUCCCAAAGGAAAAUUUCAGAAUUUCAAGCUUUUGAAAUCGAAGCCGCGGAUGAUUCUGGAAUUAGGCCUCAAGCUGCAUAUGAGCUUGCUACUCGUCAAGUUGGUGGACCACUUAAUCUCGGAUACACUCCUCGUGAUCACAGAAAUCAUUUGCAAAGCAAGAGGCAGAGGGAGUUGGCUUUUGGUCAGGCGGGCAGCAUGUUAAAGUAUUUUCAAGACAAAAUUGUUGAAAAUCCAUCAUUUCAAUAUGCUUUGCAACUAGAUUGUGAGGAGAAUAUAUCAAACAUUUUCUGGGCUGAUGCUAAAAUGAUGUUAGACUAUGCACACUUUGGCGAUGUUGUCACAUUUGACACUACUUUUGGCACAAACAAGGAAUAUAGGCCAUUUGGUGUUUUUCUUGGGCUCAAUCAGUUUAGGGAGACUAAAGUUUUUGGUGCUGCACUGAUGUUUGACGAAACAUUAGCCUCAUUCAAAUGGCUCUUUAAAACUUUCCUAGGUGCGCAUAAUGGAAGACAACCAAGAACUAUUUAUACCGAUCAAGAUUAUGCAAUGGGUAGAGCUGUAGAGGAUGUGUUCACAGAAGCAUAUCAUGGACUGUGUACAUUUCAUAUAAUGCAAAAUGCUGUCAAACAUCUAUCUCCGAUUAAGGGUGAAGACGAAGAUGAGGGUGAAGAGAAAGAGGAGGGUGAAGACAAAGAUUAAGGCGAAGAAUCACAUAUUCUCAUAGAUUUUAGUGCUUGUAUGUAUGGCUAUGAGGACAAGGAAGAGUUUGAAGAAGCAUUUGCCAACAUGAGGUUAAAGAUGCAUAAGCAAACUUGGUUCGAUAGUAUCUACAAGGUAAAAGAAAAGUGGGCUGAAUGUUUUAUGAGAGACGUCUUCAGUUUGGGAGUGAGAAGCACAAAAUUAAGUGAGAGCUUCAACAAUUCAUUGAAGAACCAUUUGAAAUCUGAUUUCCAUAUUGUUAGAUUUUUAAAGCAUUUUGAAAGGAUAGUGGAACAAAAAAGAAACAAAGAGCUGGAAUCUGAAUUUGAAGCAAGAAAAAACAUACCAAGAAUCAAGAUGAGCACGCCUAUGUUGGUACAAGCAAGCAAAGUGUACACUCCAACCAUUUUUGAAGCUUUCCAAAGUGAGUAUGAAAGAUCCAUGGCUGCAUGUAGUAGAGUAUUGGAUGGAAACAAAUAUGUUGUUGCUAUUGGUAGUUUGCAUGGUGAUUCAACUUUUGAGGAUGAGCGCAUAGUGAUAGGUGAUCCUUUUAACCAAACAGCAACAUGCACUUGUGGAAUGUUUGAAAGGGCAGGAGUGUUGUGUGGACAUGGAUUGAAAGUUCUUGAUUUGAUGAACAUAAAGACACUAGCAACACAUUAUGUCUUGAAGAGAUGGACUAGGUAAGCACGCAAAGGAAGUAUAUUGGAUAGGCAAGGAAGGAAUGUGGUAGAAAAUCCAAAACUGAAAGCUAUGCUUCGGUACAAGGAACUAUCUCAUAAAUUUCUUAGUAUGGCAUUUAAAAUAGCCUACUCUACAGAAUGUUGUGUGCUAUUAGAAAAUGCACUUGAUCA